UGUACAAUUACAAGAUGACUUGAAUUUCAAUACAGUAUGCGUCGACAAUCUGUUAAUUUUAAAUAAAAUCCUUAAUACUAUUGGAUUUUACAUAGUAUAACUUUUCUAACUUUAUUUGAGUUUGUGUGGAAUAUUGAGAUUUCACGUUUUUGAAUAUUUUCCGCUAUAUAUGAUAAAUAAUCACGUGAAAAAAAGUUACAUUUUCUAAGCAGACGAGAAAAAUUUAACAAUGGAGAAUGUGACGAUUAAUACAACGAGGAUGCCAAUAUUCAAUGAUACAGAUCAUAUAAAUCUCUUGUCGGUAUUUGCUGCGGAUAUUACUUUGACCAUCAUUGCUUGCACAUUAUCAUUUUUAGGAUCCGCUUUUAUCUUUUGUGCUUACUGCGUCGUUGACAGUUUACGGCCUGAAAAUGAAACGAGACGGCUGCUGUUAUAUUUAACUGUUUCGGAUUUAUUCGUUGCCAUCGGAAAUUUCAUUGGAACUAUACGAUUUAUUGGUAUUUACGACAGUAAACCGCUUUAUGCUAAUUUUGGCGAAGAAUUUGCGAGUGAUAAUGUUUGUAUUGUUCAGAGUUUCAUUUCAGCAACAGGAUCUAUGUGGUCAUUUUGCUGGAACACAGCAAUUGCCAUUCAUCUAUGGGUUGCCUUGGUUUAUUGUAGAAAUGGCACAUGGUCGUGGAAGGUGAAAAUAUUCUGUCAUUCAGUAUGUUGGCUUCUUCCUCUUGCCGUAGCAAUAGCGGCUGCCAAAUGUGAAGUUUUAGGUGAAGACUUUGACCAAGUUACUGGUACCUGGUGUUGGAUUAAGUCGUCAUUGUCAAGGAGCGAUCGGAUAACAUGGAUGAUUAUUUCCGGUAAAGGAUGGGAGUUAGUUUCGUAUUUGGUGACGUGUUUUAUGUUUUUUUAUCUGAAAGGAUACAUGUGGCGUCAGAAAAAACGAUUUAAUCAACGCCGAUUUAACGACGUAUCUCUUCGACUCAGGGCUGAAGAUGAAAACUAUCUCUACUUAUGGCUGAUCGGGUAUCUUCUCAGGAUAUGGGGGACGGUGCGUUUCUUUUUAUUUGUGUCUGAAAGUUCUUCGAACGAUAAACCUUUCGCCGACAUAAAUUUUGCGCUAGUGCAUCUAGAAAGUUUCGGCGAUAGUUCGAAGGCAUUUUUUACGUUUAUUUUAUUUUGCAUUGCUGAUAAAACUACAAGACAACUUCUAUGGAACAAAAUAUGCCGCAGAAGGCGUGGUUAUGAGGAAAUUUUACAAAGUAUCAAUGCGGAGCCAAAUAAUGAUAACGGUAUGAAUGAACCCUUAUAAAUUUCAUUUUACAUUGUAUAAGACUUGUACACAUGUAGUUCGGCAUCAUAAUUUGAUUCUCAACUCGUUUAAAAAAUGUUAUUUUAGAGGAUGGAUGUUAAGGUGCUUUGUCAAUUGUAGUUUAGACGAUUGGCUUGUACUCGGUAAAAUUUUACUCUGAUUACAUGUAAAAAAAAAAUGUGUUUAGUACAUGUAUAUGUCAAAGAAUGAUAAUCCCUUUCUCCAUGAUUAAGUAAGAGCGUUAGCGAGUACUUGUCAUGAAGAAAGGGAUUAUCAUUCUCUUACAAACUUAGAAUAUUGUAAAGUUCUCAAGGCUCAAACACGAACGAUCUCUCGUUUUGGUUUUUAUAAAGAAUUCGUUUAGUUGUCAGUUCAAUAUUCACAAAAGAGAGGCAAAAGAUACCAAAGGAACAUUCAAACUCAUAAGAUGAAAAUAAACUGACAACGCCAUGGCUAAUAAAAUGAAAAAAAACCAACAGACAAACAAAAGUACACAAAACACAACAUAGAAAAUGCAUGACUUCCUUUUUAUAGGCAUUUCAUUCAUAUUUCUUUAAGUGAUGUUAGGACUUUUUCAUAAUUUUGGAAUUAAAUAAUAAUUUGAGUUUUAGACAUUAGAUGACACAACAGCACGAUGAAAUGGUAGGAAUUGUAUAAGUCUCCCAAUUGUGAGUUUGAAUGUUAAUCAUGUAAUAUUUUAGUGAGGAAUUAUCUUUUUGUUUGUUUACAGUUUAACUCAUUAAAUUGAAAAUUUUAGUUACAACUAAAUUUUAUUUCACAUUCAAUAUUUUAGUCCAAUUCUUUAAAUCAAAUACCUCUUUAUGUGAGGUAAUGAAAUUAGAACUGAAUGUUCAAAUAAAAUGCCUCGUACAUAUAUUCAAAAUUGAUUUAAAUUCUGUUCAUUUUUUUGGCUCGGAAUUUUGGAAAUUGCAAUUUCUGCCAACCGUGGAUCCAAUAAUCUGAGUUUUGAAAAGCGUAUUAGCUAAAGAGUUAGGUGAUAUUUAAUCUUAAAUUUUCUUUUUUAGCAUUGCUUUGAUUUUGUUUGAAUUUUUAGUACUGUUGAAAUUAUUAACAUUCUUAAAAUAACAUUACGGUACUACUUUUACUGAACCAUUAAACUUCAACCUAUUUUGAUUUUAUUGUUCCGUUCAAACUUCAACUUUUACUCAGUUUCAAUCACAAAUCCUUUCAAGCUGAUCAAUAUACGUUGGGGCAGUUGUAACACAUCUACUCUUUGUUUUGAACUGCAACUAGGUCUAAACAAUAUUACAAGCUCUUACUAAGAAAAUGAUUUACAUUCAUUCUUCACAAUUAAGAGACACCAAAUCCUACAAUUUCAUUGGUCGAGAGCAUUUAGCUAUAUUCUAAUUGUAUUCUAUGACUUUAUCAGGAGGUGAUUUGAUUCAGUGAUUAAUCCGGAAUCAUUUUGUUAAAGAAUCAUAAAAAUCUAAUGUAAGCUAACUAAGUAAAGGAAUUUAUUCUUGAUAUUCGCUUGUCGAUGAAAUUUCCGGUAUUACUAAUGAGCAACAAGAAGAACUUAAGCGACACGAAGACAAAUUUAGCGACAAGAAGACAAAUUUAGCGACAAGAAAGUUGAUAUUCUAUUAAAACAAAUAAAUUAUAGAAAAAGUCAAUGAAUUACAGUUGAUUAUUUGUUGUUUCAUAAAGUUUCAAAUGUGGUUGCUAUCUAAACUUUGUACCAAUUUUCUGUUAAUUAUAACAAUGUAUACUAGUCAACAAAAGAAACGAUACAAGGCAGUGUAUUUUCCAUAUAUAAUGAAAUUGGAUACACUGUACCAAGGUAAAUAAUUGCUCAAUUGGUCUAAUAUUUAAAGAGAGUUAUUUUCUUUUGAUUUAAGGCAAAUACGCGAUUUUUUUUUUUGAAAUUUUUGCUUUUUCAAAAAUCGUUUUUUCACCCAAAAAUUCAAAAAUCUAUAUAAGAACUUAAAACUUUAAACUUAAACAUGGUCUGCUUAAAAUUUUUUGAAUGCUUUUGCAGAUAUUUGAAUACUUCAUUCGCAUCUUUGAAAUUAAGUGCCGGCUUCUGUCAUCAUUUUCCGCAAAAAUAAAUUUGACCCCUAUGUUCAAUAACACGGUAUUUUCUCACUUUCCAAUUUGGUCAGAUUCUUUUAAUCAUAUGCAUAUGCUUAGCAAAUGAAUAUUUUUCAUUGGAUGAUUUAAGAGUUUUUUCUAUUUAUAAUAUUUUAUGACAACUUGGAGUUCAAACUUGUGUAUCGUUACUUUUGUUGACUAGUAUAUAUGAAAUCAAGUGAGAGGACAUUUGCGACAUCUCUGGAGUAGCAACUCUUAAAUACUUUUUUUUACAUUUAACAUACAAUAAUGUAUCACUCUAUAUCAAUAUUUUAGGUGUAUUAUAUGAAUGUCAUGUAAAAUACUGUAUGUUGUAAAGAAUAUAUUUGUUAUAUGUGUAUGCCCCCCUGGCUACCUAAUUUGGAAAAUAUCUUAUCUCAUCUUAUCUCAUCUUAUCUUAUAUUAUCUUAUAUGUUUGAGAAAUUGAUAGAAAUAAAACAAUAGUAAAGUCAAAAAUAUAUUAAUAAAGCAUCGCACAUUUUGAAAAAUAGUCUAACUGCUACUUAUAUUUAUGAUAUUUAUUACAGCAAAUAGUACAAUCAAAGCAUGAACAUUAAAGAAAGAACCCAAAUUCAAGUAGCAACACAUUGCAAUUGUCUCUUCAAUUCUUUGUCAGCACAGUAAAGCAUAUCAUUAAUAUAUUCAAUAUCGAUGUAUACCUUAGGGAGCUACCAUUUGAUUUUUAUGGAGGGGGAGGGGAGGGCUAGGAUGAAAUUUGAAAAAAAUAGGCAGGACAGGAGUUUUGAGUAAAAAAAACAAGGCAGGAUGAAACACUUUGCAAAAAAAAGGCAGGAUGACAAUUUAUGUAAAAAAAGUCAGGAUAAACUACUAGUAAAAAAAAGGGCAGGACCAAAUAGAGUGAAAAUAAAAAGGCAGGACAGAGAUUACAACUAAAAAAAAUGCAGGAAAAAAUUUUUCAUCCUAGCCCCCCCCCCCCCCCCCCCCCCCCCUAAAAAUCAAAUGGAAGCUCCCUUAUGUAAAUUUGGUUUGAAUAUUUGAAGAGAUGAUAUUGAAUCAUGCCGACUCUACAUAAAUCUCGAUUCGUUUAUCUAUGCAACAUGAUGGAAACAGUAAAUACAUUAAUCAUAUUCUUGAUAACAUAAACCUAAACAUUCCCUAUUUUCUUGAACAAAGGUUUAUUUUGUUGGUCUAUCCGUAUAAUGAGAAUCACUUUAACAUAUGUAUAUUAAUUAUAACAUUAUAUGCAUUUUCCUUUCUUUAUUUAUUUGAAAAAAUUAAUUGAAAGAUUUCUUGACGCUAAUUUUUGUUGUUGUCAUUAAAUCAGUCUUCUUGUCGCUUCAUGUCGCUAAUUUAGUCUUCUUACCGCUAAUUAAUUGAACCCAAAAUUUCUAAAGAUCAGUCUAUUGAAAGUGCGAAUCGAGAAAUCAGUUUGUAAUGUGGAGUAACGAUAUUUUCUUUUGUAAACGAGAUGCAUUGUGGGAAAAUAGCGGACGAAUAUUUACUUUGUAAGAACAAAAGAAGAUAUUUGGGUAUUUUUUUCCUUAUUACUAUAGAGACGUAUUUAACAGGACACUUAUCCAUAUAACUUUCCAUGCAAGUUGCCACUGCAAACGAGUUAAAAGUUUUCAAAAACUGUUGAGAAGGUGAUUUUGUUCAACUUAGUUAUCUUGUUGGUGAGUGGUCACAUAGUCAGUGUUCAGCAAUCAAACAAUCUAACAAUAGAAAAAGGAUAUUUCUAAAAAAUCAAUUCCCUAUACAUAUACAUGUACAUUUUGCACCUUUGAAGAAAUCAAACAUUCACCUAACUUCAUCAAUUUUACAACACACAGUUAGGUCAAAGAGAACUGUUUAGCUUUGUUAUUGUAAACACAAAUAUUUGUAUGACUAUUAAAUUAUAUACAUUAUCAACAACAUCAUGAACAUAUCGGUUACAUACAAUUCUUACGAAAUCCACGAUUGAGUAGUAAAUAGUAAAUAAUUUUUUAACCUUUAAAACUAAGCACAAGAUUUAAAUGAACAUACAAGUUCUUUUGCAGGAAUAUAACUGUACAUCAUGUAGCCUAUUCAAUUUAGUAUUUACUAGGUGUAUUCAAAUUGUUGGAGGAAGAUUUCUUUUUCUUUAUAAAAAGUAAGAAGAUAUGUAUGAUUGUCAAUGAGACAACCCUCCACCAGAGCCCAAAUGACAUAUAACUUAACAUUUCAAAUGUUUGGCAUUGAGCGUUCCCGAUGAAGGUAAAUUCAGAAAAGCGCUUCCCCUCGGAUUUCAAAUGUUUGGCAUUGAGCGUUCCUAAUGAAGGUAAAUCCAGAAAAGCUCUUCGGACGCAUGAAAUUAUUAAACGUGUUGUUUUUUCAAUUUUUUAACAACUAUAUGUUACCGUUCGGCCUUCAACAAUGAGCAAAAAGUUUAACCCCUACCGUAUAGUCAGCUAUAAAAGGCCCCGAAAUGACAACUGUAAUACAAUUCAAACGAGAAAACUUACGGCUUGAUUUAUGUACAAAACAAUGAACGAAAAACAAAUAUGAUCUACAGCAACAAACGACAACAACUGAAUUACAGGCUCCUGGCAGGGACAGGCACAUACAGAAUCUGGCGGGGUUAGACUAGUUUGCUGGCGCCAAACCCUCCAUAUAACCUGGGACAGUGGUGUAACAGUAAAAUAUAAGAAAAACUAUGAAAAUCAGUUGAAAAGAGCUUAACUCAUCCGAUAGAUACAAAGCAGAAAAACAACUCAUAAAACAAAAUUGCCUUUAAUUACAACGCAUUGCCUAGUUAUAAAACUACAACAUAUAAAAAGAAAAUAUAUGAAGCAGAACAUUUCUUAUGUAAAUGUUAAAAAAAAAAGAAAACUUGAGACUCUAAUUUUUACAACGAAAAUCAAAAGUACCUUUUCAAAUGCGGAUAAUUUUGAUAAAUUGGUUUUACGCCUUUCGUGUCCGUCAGUUAAGCAUUUUGCUGCUCCAUUCAUAGCUGACUCGACAAUUAACUGCAUGAUUAGAACAUAUGUACAUCAUGCCAUAUACUUUAAUUAUUCUUAUGUACUGUGUUGUCAUAUUUUUUUUUUUUUUUCAUCUACGCGAGUAUAACUGUGCAUUUGAAUAAAGAUGUUUGUAAUUAUUGUUAUACAGACAGACAGACAUUUAUAAAUCCAUGUACCAAUCGUUUUACCUUGGUUUCGUGUAUCCUAUUUCAUUAUUAUAUGGAAAACUUAUUGUCUAGAAUCGUGUCUUUUGUUGUCUAGUACACAUUGGACAAUGUUUCAUUAUAAAUCAUAAAUGGAACGAAAUGAAAAUGAUUUAUAUAUGUUUUAUUUGUUUGUUUUCUCUCAAGAACCAGUAAUAACGAUACGGAAUUUUAAAAUUUGUUCUAGUUACUCCUCUUUGGCCGAUCAUUAGAUAUUCACGCUUACCUAAUUUUUUUAUUUGUGUUCACUCCAAUUUUCCUUGCUAUAACUUUAGUAGUAUUUGUUCUUUACAUUUAUGUAAUGACAUGUAUGUUAAAUAAUUUAUGUUUUCGGCCAAAUGAAUAUAUGAAAUGUCAUUCUUUUAAUGAAGCCAAAAGUAAUUGGUUUGUUUUUUUCUUUAUCUUAAACGAGAUAGUGUAUCUUCAAAAGAAGGAAUUUACCUAAAAAUAUAAACAAUAAUUUUGAUCUUAUUUAGAUACACUUUAAAAUAUUAUAUAACUUACCUGUAUGAAUAUUUGUGUGGUGUAAGAUGCAUGAGAAAUGUUUUUGAAAAAUACUCUUUAAAGGACAAUAUACUUGUGCAAGAGACUGAAGGUGUUAUUGCAUUCAAUAUUUGAUUAUUGUGUUGAUGAUAUAUGACAUUAUACAUUUAACCUUUGUUUUGUGAAUAUUCUUGUGUAAUAUGCAAAAUAAUUAUUGUAUAUAAAUGUUGAAUAUUUAAAUAAAGAUAAAAAUGACCUUGAGGAAAGCCGUGCUAUUCCACAAUAAUAUUAGUGCAACUCCAACAUACCUACAAUUCCAUUCAUUGCUCCAUUUCGAUAAAUUAGGGAGUGAACAUGCUAAAAGUUGUAUUUGAAAUAUAAAUUAUAUUCUAGUUUU